GCUCGUGACGUCACGCGCGUGCGAUUAUUUUGAACGGGGGUCAAGAUGGCGGAGGAGAGCGGCUUAAAGCACCGGAAUCACACCGGACAGACGUGCAGCAACAGCCGGUAUAGAGAAGGUGUGUGUGGUGUGCAGGAUGUCUCUCCUCCUGUGCUGGAGUGUGCUGCAGGAGUGUGUGUGGACGGGGAGUCGUGUGGGCCGGUGCAGAUCGUCAGGGCGGACGAGGAGCGUCAGCAGUUCUGUCUGGAUGAAGCGGCGCUGGAGCGGAUGCUGCUGCAGGAGUGUGUGCGCGACCUGCAUGUGGUGGUGCUGUCGGUGGCCGGAGCCUUCCGUAAGGGCAAGUCCUUCCUGCUGGACUUCAUGCUCAGAUACAUGUACAAGCAGGACUCAGAGGUGUGGCUGGGGGGAGAUAAUGAUCCGCUGACGGGCUUCACCUGGCGGGGCGGCUGCGAGCGCGAGACCACCGGCAUUCAGGCCUGGAGUGAAGUGUUUGUGGUGGAGAAACCAGACGGCAGCAAGGUGGCCGUGCUCCUCCUGGACACUCAGGGUGUGUUUGACAGUCAGUCCACCAUUAAAGACUGCGCAACACUGUUCGCCCUCAGCACCAUGACCAGCUCAGUACAGGUCUAUAAUUUAUCCCAGAACGUUCAAGAAGACGAUCUGCAGCAUCUUCAGCUCUUCACAGAGUACGGCCGUCUGGCCAUGGAGGAGAACUACAAAAAACCCUUCCAGUCUCUGAUGUUUCUGAUCCGGGACUGGAGUUACCCAUAUGAGCAUCCUUACGGUCUGGAAGGAGGAAACGAGUUCCUGGAGAAGCGUCUGCAGGUAACGCAGAAUCAGCACGAGGAGCUGCAGAGCGUCAGGAAACACAUCCACUCCUGCUUCUCCAGCAUCAGCUGCUUCCUGCUGCCGCACCCGGGCCUCAGAGUGGCCACUAACCCACGCUUCGACGGACGCUUACGGGACAUCGAUGAGGAGUUCAAGAAGGAGCUGCAGGAUCUGGUUCCUCUUCUUCUGUCUCCUGAGUGUCUGGUGGAGAAGGAGAUCAGCGGCUGUAAGGUCACCUGUCGAGAUCUGCUGCAGUAUUUCAGAGCCUACACAAAGAUCUAUCAGGGAGAAGAACUGCCGCAUCCGAAGUCCAUGUUACAGGCGACGGCAGAAGCCAAUAACCUCGCAGCAGUGGCUGGAGCUAAAGAAACAUACAACAGGAGCAUGGAGGAGGUGUGUGGCGGCGAGCGUCCCUACAUGUCUCCGUCCGCUCUGGAUCUCCGCCAUGGCGAGCUGAAGCAGGUGUGUGUGUGUCAGUUCCGCUCCGUCAAGAAGAUGGGUGGAGAAGAGUUCAGCCGGCGCUACCAGGAGCAGCUGGAGCAGGAGCUGGAGGAGUGCUACGCUAGCUUUAGCAAACACAACCAGGGCAAGAACAUAUUCCUGGCGGCGCGUACGCCGGCCGCGCUGCUCGCCCUAAUGCUGCUGCUGUACGCGUCGGCGCUGAUAGCGGGAUGUGUGGGCAUCAGUACGCUAGCGGUGCUCUGUGACCUGCUGCUAGCAGCUGCUCUGCUCUCGCUCUGCGUCUGGACCUACAGCAGAUACUCCGGAGAGUUCCGCGAGAUCGGCGCCGCCAUCGACCGCCUGGCCGAGACGCUCUGGGAACAGAGGACGCCCAGGAAGGUCCUCUCCAAGCUGAUGGAGGUGUUGCGGAGCCGGCUGCGGUUGAAGCCCACCCCCAGACAGAGACUGCCCUCCAACAACAACCUCAAGAAGAGGAAGUAGAUCUGCGUCUGCGCUGACGUCGCUUCCUGCAGACGCUGAGCGCCAGCAGUGCUACAGUAACGCCAGCGGCGUUAGCAGAGCUAGCGCUGAACUCAGAGACUCUCUGCUGCUCCGCUCCUCCACCCAUCCACACGCUGAUCUCUGUACAGAUUUUAAACUCUAGCAUGACCAUCCACAGCGUUUUCUACACGCUGCUUUUGUAGCAGGACAAACCAUGGACUCAUCCUCAUCUGCAGGACACACACACACACCUGUACAUACACACUCACUCACUCACACACACACACUCUUAGUUUUCUACGUCUCCAUUCCUCUGCCCUGAGCUUCAUCAUUCCAGAAUCUUUCGGUCUUUUUCAGCAUCAUGUUUCUUUAAUUUAUUUUUGAAUUUGAUUAAAAUGGCUCACUGUACAGCAGCGUGUGGAUCCUGACUG